GAGGCAGAAGCGCAGUCAGACAUUGGUCCCUGUGGAUGUGGAGCUGCUGAUGUGAUUUAUCUGCGGGUCUGGCAGCAACAGUUUAACCUCCUUCCCUCCCUGCAGCUGCCAAUCAGCUGCCUCCCUUCCCGCCAGCGAUGCCCCUGCCCCCAGCCUGGCACAGAACCCACCUAUAAUAACCAGCCUGCCAGCUGCCUGCCAAUGGAGAAGGAACGGGCGCCCCCAAAGCAGUAUGGAUCCCUGGAAUCCACCAAGUGGAACCCCACGGCGUCAGCUACAGGUGAAGACGUUAUCUCAAUGGCCGAUUCCACAACCACCAUUGACGACAUCGAGGGCGAGCUGUUCAAGAUCGAGAGGAUUCGGGAGAUCCUAGUGAGGAGAGAGUCGGAACUCCGAUACAUGUUGGACGAUUUCCAGUUGUGUAAAGAGAUUACCUGCCUGAAGAAAGAGUUACAGGCCCUGGUUUCUAUUCCAGAGAAGGACAAGACGCGGGAAGAUCAUAGGAAGGAGGAGCAGCUCUUGCAGCGCAUUAACAAACUGGUGGAGACACGAGAUUUCAUGGUGGACGAUGUGGAGUUUGAGAGGUUACGGGAGAGGGAAGAGGAUAAGGAGAUGGAGGAAUUUCUACAGAGCAAAUUAUCCAAAAGCUUUCUGAAGAAGGCAGUCUUCAGAAAGGAGAAGCCAAUGGCAGCUCCCUCCCGACAAAGCUCCGCGCCAUUGGUCAGCAGGACGGGUCUGACGCUGCUAAAGGACUGCUGCGGAUUCACCUGCUCUGUGAUGUAAGGAAGGAAGCCAAUAUGGCCGCACUGGCGCCCUGGAUUCUGAUUGGCUGGCGCGGGGGCACGUCUCCCAGCGACCAUUCUGUGCUUCCCUGGCACAAGUGCCACUGGGCACAGCCGGGCAGUCUCACCAGAUUCACACGUCGCACCAAGAAAGACUUCUCUAUAGCAGCGGCACCUCAGCCAGCGUUGCUGAACUAUAACUCACACAUCCCGCCUGAACUUUCUGUUACAGACAGAUGGACAGACAGACUGCUGGGAAAUUUCAUCUCCAUGUCAGCGUUCUAUACUAUAUUGGUGUGUUGCUCGUAUAGAUCUUGUCCCUUCCUGCCUUAAUUCAGUGUAUUAUGUGUAGUAGUUUGUAAUGGGGCGAAAGGGGGUACAAACCCAGAAUUAUUAAAUUAUUGCCCAAUGAAAGAUAAAUAUCAUUCUAA